AUGGUGCUGCGACUGCUGAUGCGCUAUUUGGCCAACAAUGAGCAGCUAAUACAGCGCAUGGCCGACAGCUAUCCGAUGCGUCGCGCUGCCCAGUUGGUUGUCUCGCUGAUGUAUCGCUCCAAGAGCCUGGCCAGGGAGCAGGGCCUGCACGAGAUGACGCCAGAGCGCUUUAAGUCCUUUGUGAACAUGUUUAAAAACAAUAUACGGCAGGAGCUGGAGGGCGUCAAAAGGGAGCUGAAGAAUAAGAAAAAUAACUAAAUUAUUGUACAUUACGAUUUAUAUAUAUAUAUAUAUAGGCUAGCACUUCAGGAACAUAAACAAAA